AUGGCCGGGUGUAGUAACAAUAAAUGUGGCCUGACACAAAGUGAACUUGAAGCGGAGGCACAAAAGAUUAUGGACAAUGGAUUAGAUAGUGAUAGUGAGUUUUCGGAUCAAUCCAAUUAUAGCUGCGGCGAAUAUGUGACCAUAGAUGAAAUGCUUGUAGCAUUUAGAGGGAGAUGCAAAUUUAGAAUGUAUCUGAAAAGUAAGCCAGACAAAUAUGGUCUAAAAAUGCAGUGUUUAGUGGAUACUAAGACACAUUAUCUGUUAAACAGUUUUAUAUAUUCUGGAAAGGAUACUCACAAAACAAAUCCAAGAAAGCUAGAUAUCCCUACCCUAGAUGGUUUAGCCCUUAUUCCACCGAUAUCAGGAAACAACAGGAACGUAACUGCUGAUAAUUGGUUCUCUUCCGUUGAGCUAAUAAGGGAACUAAGAAAGCAUAAUAUUACAUAUGUUGGAACCCUAAAGAAAAACAAAAGAGAGGUCCCUUAUGAAUUUCAACCUCACAAGGACAGGCCAGCAAAUUCCGCAUUAUUUGGUUUUACAGGAAGCGAGAGCCUGGUAUCUUUUGUUCCUAAAAAAAAUCGUGCGGUGUUACUAGUAUCAACUAUGCAUCAUUCAAAUGCAAUGGUAAAUGGAAAGCCAGAAAUUGUAAAUUUUUAUAACGAGACAAAGGGCGGGGUGGACUCGUUGGAUAAAAAAUGUGCAUGCUAUAAAACUGGCAGAAGAACUCGGAGAUGGCCUCAAGUCAUAUGGUUUCGCAUUUUAGAUAUUGCUGGAGUAAAUGCUAAUGUAAUUUUUAAUGGUGUUCAACGAAAUAAAAUAAUGGAAAGAAGAAGAUUUUUAACAACUUUAGGUCAACAACUCAUAUAA